AUGAAGUCGUAUUGGAACAAGGUCUCCUCUGGUGGUAUGACUACCAUAGGGAACCGAGUAGAGGGCAGGUCCGGUCUAAGGACAACUCCUAAUUGGUUCUUGAAUUUCUCGAAUGCGACUCGCUGCAACGGCUUUGUCAUUCCAUCAGCCACCAUAUCUACAGUUGGCACGUAG